AUGAUAACCUCGUUUCCACAAACCAUCCACUCUUAUAUUUUUAAGAAAGCGAUUGGUAAGGGAGGUUUCUCAACAGUAUAUCUUGUUGAAAGUGAAGUUUAUCAUCAAAACUACGUAGCAAAAGUCACUCCGAUUGAUUUAGAAAAGCCGCACACAGGAGAUGUCGAUCCGCUCGAUGCGGAAAUUAAAGCACUCAUGAACCUCUCUCAUCAAAACAUCAUUCGACUUUACGAUCAUUUUACCGAGGGUAAUAAUUUCUUUGUAAUUCUUGAAUACUGUCAGCUUGGUUCCUUGCAGGACUCCGUAGGAGAAGAUGGCUUAACUUUACAGCAAUUUAUAUGCUAUGGCAGACAGAUAUUGUCAGCUUUGGCAUUUGUACAUUCCAAAAACAUUGCUCAUCGUGAUAUCAAACCAGGAAAUAUCCUCGUAGAUUCCAUGGGCCGUAUCAAAUUAUCUGAUUUUGGAAUCUCAAUCCUCGGAGCAAACAACGUUGUUUCAACAUUUUCCGGUUCUUUCCUUUACGAAGCUCCAGAAGUUAUUCUGAAGAAACCGCAUAAUCCUAUACAAGCCGAUAUUUGGUCGUUGGGUGUUUUAUUUGCAUAUUUGAUAAAUGGAACUACUCCAUGGAGGAGCGAUAAUAUUAACGUGCUCAAAAACAGAAUCUGCACAGCUACCUUUAAACUUAGGUCAAAUACUCCUCCUGAAGUUGCUGAAUUAAUUACGAGUAUGCUCAAUAUAGAACCUAACGAAAGACCAACAGCCCAAGAGAUUCUUGAAAUGAGAUUAUUCGAAAAAGAGUCUAUUGAACAGACUAUUUCAGAGAGUAACUCAAUUCAAGAUGUUUUAUCACCAAAAGGAAGAGCCAACAGAAGAACUUUGCCAAGAAAUAGAUCUUCCUUUGAACCACAGUCAAAAGCCAUUAAUAUUUUCAAGAUGAAUCUAAUGGUAGGGAGUAAUAAUAUGCCAAUGAUUAGAAAUAGAUUUCACAGUGGACAAAUGUCUACAUUUGUUCUAGAUGAAUAG